GGGGCGCUCGGUUGCUAGGGCCGCGCUGUUGCUAGGGAGGCAGAGUGUGGUGGUGGCCGCCGUCGUCGUCUUCCCCGCGCCGGGGCCAUGGUGAAGCUCGCUGCCAAGUGCAUCCUGGCAGGAGAUCCAGCUGUGGGAAAGACUGCUUUAGCCCAGAUGUUCCGCACUGAUGGAGCUCAUUUUCAGAAGAACUACACACUGACAACGGGCAUAGAACUGUUGGUGAAGGCUGUAUCAAUUCCAGAGACAAGUGAUAGCGUGGAAUUUUUCAUUUUUGACUCUGCAGGAAAAGAUCUAUUUUCUGAAGUGCUGGAGAAACUGUGGGAGCAACCCAACGUCCUGUGCCUUGUGUAUGAUAUCACUAAUGAGCAAUCUUUCAACAACUGUGCCAAGUGGCUGGAGAAGCUGAAGGCUCAAGCAGCUGGGAUGCACAUCCCAGGUGUUUUACUGGGGAAUAAAACAGACCUAGUUGAUCGUCGAGUUGUGGACCAGAAACAAGCACAGGAGUGGGCUGAGAAACACGGCUUGGAAUACUGUGAGAUGUCAGUGAAGGAGAUGAAAAAUUUUGAUACCCCUUUCCACAUGCUGGCAAAGUCAUUCCACCAACUGUACAAAGAGAAAGUGGAAACUUUUCACUCACUAGCUUGAGGGCUGUGACUGGCAUGACUUACUUAUCCUCGCAGCUUGUUCUAGUGCCCAGAAACCUGCAGGGUGGAAUACAGAGUGAAGAAAAGAGAUGAGCUAUUUGCUUCUUCAUGGUCAUCUUCUGGUAAUUCAAAAUAAACUAGAAAUAAGCAAGUGGAAACACACUCUUCUGCAGUUGCUACCUCAGCAUUCCUUUCAUGUCCUCUAACUUGGCUCUGUACUCACUGAAAGUCUGCUAGGUUGGAGGAGGCGGGGAGUAAAAGGGGAGGGCAGAAUGGAAAUAACCAGCUCUUUGCUUUGAUACUGUCAUGUGUCUUCCCUGAACAGACUUCCUGCUGCUACAAGGGAGGAUUUAGAGGUUUGGAGAAGGAGAGAGGAAGCUGACAGGAUGUUUUUCAACUUAAGCAACCCAGCAUAUGUUGCAGGGCAGGACUGAUUUAGCCCUGAUGCUUGAAAAGCAUUUUCAGUAGGAGGCCUACGCCCUAAAAUCAACACAUGGAGACCGAGAUAUGUGGGAACUAGGCUGGUUUUAGGUGUGUUUCUAGGAGUAUCCAGUGUUCGAGGCCUGUUUUAACAGCGUUACCCUUAUCAGUUGUAGGACUGGUAUGCUGAUGACUAAUAUGUGCUUGUGACUUCCAGAAUCUGGUUCUUUUCUUCAACGUGGCUCACUUUUCAGUGCUUGGUAGGAACGGUCUUGCAUCUGUACCGCUAUCAAUUGGUAACGCAGUGCCCUCUGCUGGUCCCAGGUCACAAGGUUUCUCAAGGAGCUACUUCUGGAGGCGAGCAGGACUUCCUGCAGGCAUAUCCAAACUGGCUGAUCUGCAAAAUGGGGUCAGAUAGCAAGAAUAUCUCUUUUAUUCUAAAUACGAGUGCAAAAUUUGAAACAAAUUCUCUUUUCUUCAUGUGUUUUUCAUCUUACGUGGUUUUAUGUCAUUUUUCUUUUUAUCAGCUGAACUCAGCAAUACCAUGCUCUUACUAGGCUCAGAUUAGAAUGAGAGUCCUCUCUGUUGUUAAACUUUCCCUGCUUGUCCUUGAAUUUGGGAUUAAAGACCACGAUUUUGAUGUUGCUAGCGGAAACAGGACUAAGGAAAUGAAAGACAGCCCAGCUGAGUUACCGUAACUCAGCCGUGUCUGGCUAGAAGUUUUUUAUCAGGAAGGGUAAAAGCCGAUAGAGAACUGCUUUUCUGUGGGGAGUACUGAUGUUGCAUGUGUAGGAGUCUUUUUGCUAAUGCAGUAUAUGAAAGCACCCAUGGUCAGGUACUGCCUUGUAACAGCCUAACACUGAGAAGUUCAAAACUGUAACUUUCUUUUCUCCCAGAUUGUGUCAGCCUCCCUUGGACAUGAGAGGCUGAAUUUUGUAUUCAUAAGUACUACAGUGAUUUUUCAGGCAGGCUUUUCAGGAAUCUGUGUUUCAAGACUUUUAUAAAUUCAUUUUAUAACCACAUUUAUGCCCAGUGCUAGGAAAAGUACAUUGGAUUGAAUGUAAGAAAUACGACUGCAGAUGUUGUAGCAGAGUUUAUGAAGCACUUAGAGAAUCUGGAAAAGCAGCUGGGCUUAUUUCACUGGUAACUGUGUGUUUAUGCUGGGAAUUAACUAGGGAGCAUGAAUACCAGCUAAAGAGGUUAAGUAGGAGCUCAGCCCAAAAGAAAAGAAAAUGUGUAAGUUCUUUUGCUAGAAGCCACCUCAAAAAAUGACAGAACCACCUGGGAAAGCUCUUGCUUCCUCUAAAGAAGGAAGGACUCCUUUGUGGGCUUAGGGUAACUAGAAGACUCACUCUUUUUUGAGUUGGAUUAGCAUUACUGGCAUUUGUAUCUUACAUUGGUUGUCUUGUUAACCCUGGGAGGUGUCUGUUGAUUUCCAUGGGCUGAGUAGAGUCUCGUCUGCAGGUGCUGAUACCUUUGACUGUUAAGAAUAUUAAGACUAAGAAUGAAAGUUAUUUUGGAUGCUGUGCUGAUCUAGUUAAAGAACUAAAGAAGGCUUGAUUUGAUUUGGUAGCUCAUUUCCCCUGGUUCUAUUGAUGAUGUGAUUACAGCACAAGACAGAUACUUUUUCAUAUUGAAGAUAGCAUGCCAGGUGUGUAUGCCAGCUGUGACGUGGUAUAUAGGGGGAAUGAAUGCCUUGGGAAUGGCUGAUGAAAUGAAUCCUAUGCAGUCUUUAACCAGGGAGUUCAAUCUCUCUGUACCAGAAGGACCUCCCAUAACUUCAAAUAAACAGUCUAAAUGCACCAGUAAGAUGAAGAUGGGUAAAUACUGUUUUAUUAAAUGAAUGCAAAAGCUGGAGGAUCUCAUUAAGGGAAUGCUUGCAGUGGUGCUUUGUGAUUUAUAGGGGAGCUGCUUUUGAGAGGUUAGUGAAGAAAAAUGCAUCCCAUGCAGGGAAAGAUGUAUUGCCUGAGAGAGGAAAUGUAUGAUCUAAUUAGCUAGCAGUAGGGAUUCACCCACUGCCCCUUUCCCUCUUCUCACAGGCCAUGACUAGAAUUAGAAAAAAGGCUGUGUCUAAAGCAUGUUUCCUAACUUGCCUUUGCAGGACUAUUUCAAGCACUAAAUUAAUGUCCUUCAAAGUGGUAUGUUUAAGAAUAAUCAUCUCAGUCCUUCCAAAUGCAUUUUAAAAGCAUCAUAUAUUGUCCUUCCUGGCUAAUGUACUAUAUAAUACCGUCAUGGUGAAGGUGAUGCUUGUUGCUAUUUUCUUAGCUUAUACAUGACCUUGUUGUAGAUACUAGUAGUGAGGAGUGGGUAUAGGACAUGGGAGCCAAAUAUGGGAAUGCUGUGGAAAACAGUUUUGUGUCUGAAGGAGCUUAGGGUAGCAACUAGGUGAGCAGGCUGAGUUAACAGACUGGGCCAUUAUUAAGUUUCUCUUACUAUGUUCAGUAACUGUUGUGGCCACAUCUGUAGAGUGUGAAUUCAUGUUUGCUGCUUAUAGCCUUAGCAUCCCUCUGAAUUACAGACACUGUGGAGAAGAAUAGGAUAAAGGCAGGAAGCUGUCUGCUGACCAGGAAGCUUCUUGUCGUGUUACAGCUCCCCUAUUUUGUCCAGUUGUGCAGUACUGCAGGUGCUCAGCAUGGGUGUUACAACUCAGAGGAGACCCAGCUCAAUCAGAACUGAAAUUUCAAAAGAAGUGGGAGGAAACGAAAAAAGCCUUUAAUUGUUUUCCAGAGAUACAUUGUCCUUCCUGUUCCUGCUUGCUUGUUUGAUUAAACAAAAACAUUCUUUUCUCCUGGGAGUCCCUCCCUCUUACCUUUCCUUUGGUCCUUGUGGUUCUGCUGCACAGAAUCCCUGUUAUACUUGUGCCCUGCUUUACUUAGCUUGAUACAUCACCAGCUGAUUUUUUUUUUUUUUUUUUUACCCUUCUAAUUUCUGCAUUAUCUAUUCCCAAGGCUGCAAGACAUUUCUUCUUAGAGAGAUUAAUAGAUGAAAGAAAACAGAAGUGGAAUUUUUAGUCAAAUUGUCUUGGAAAAAAAGAGCCUUAAAAAGCUGACUUUCUGAAAUUUCACUGGAAAUUUGUCUGUGUAAAGUUGUCAUGUUAAAGAUGCUUUAAUGGUUUGGUUUUGUCUUGCCAGGCAUAUUCUGCUCUGGAGUGAAAUGCAGGAUAUAAAACUCCAGAAAGAUUAGGUUUUAUUGUGGGAGUUAAUAGGAAUUUCAAAGCUGAUCAUACUGUGAUAAGAUCUGUUCAGUCUUAACAAUAGAGUGGUCACUGCUGUUCAUAAUAAAGCAUUAAAUAUACUGAAA